ACGUACUGAUGUGCAGCGACUUUGACCGUAAUACGGUGCCAGAGUUAGGUCAAAGAUAACUAAACUACAGGCCUCAAAUCUCACGAAGUUUUCCGUGGCUUUGUUAGCCAAGCACCAUGGCCAAUAACUUAGCGUUACUAGCUGUAGGCUUGAUAGCUGUAGCAAUAAAAGUUUUAUAUUUAGAUCGAGCCAGUCUGCCAUUGGUUACAAGAUUUAACGAUACUUAUGAUUAUAUUGUUGUCGGAGCCGGUUCUGCCGGCUGUGUGGUUGCCAACCGGUUGUCCGAAGACCCCGAGGUGAGGGUGCUGCUGCUGGAGGCGGGGGAGGACGACUGGGGGGUCCCACAGAUCACCAUCCCGGGGCUGGCCGUCACAACGUGGAGGACCAAGUACGACUGGGCCUACAGCACAGAGGCCGACAGCCAAACCAUGGCCGGAUUUUUAAACGGGGCCUCGUUCUGGCCCCGGGGUAAGGUGCUGGGUGGUAGCAGCAGCAUCAACGGCAUGCAGUACGUCAGGGCCUCCAGACACGACUACGACAGGUGGGCGGAGUACACGGGGGUGCCGGACUGGGACUACAAGCACCUCCUGCCCUACUUUAAAAAAAUGGAGAACAUGGAGAUCCCAGAACUGAAAAACUCAGAAUAUCACGGACAAGGCGGGCCAAUCCCAAUCAACCGUAUUAGGUCCCAGCCUGUUACGAAGAAAAUAAUCGAAGCAGCUGAACAAGUUGGAUAUCCCCAUAAUAUAGAUUACAAUGGGAAAACAAUGGAAGGCAUCUCCCACUCCCAGGUGAACGGGAAGAACCAAGAGAGAUGGAGCUCCAGUCGAGCUUUCGUUCACCCAGCCAUCGACCGCCCAAACUUGCAUGUGGCUGUACAUUCUCAUGUCCAGAAGGUUGUGAUAAAAGACAAGAAAGUACAAGGGGUGGAAGUGAUACGAGAGGGCAGCAAAUACGUGAUUGGUGCUAAAAGGGAAGUAAUUCUGUCAGCUGGGGCUAUAGGAUCUCCGCAUAUUCUUCUCUUGUCAGGAAUUGGUCCAAAACAACAGCUGGAAAGUUUCAAGAUCCCAGUGGUGCAAGAUUUGCCUGUGGGUGAGAAUCUCCAAGACCAUUUGUUUUUUGAUGUAGGGGUGAAAAUCAACCAAUCACUGACUUCCCCAUCUGAUAGAUUUGACGAUUGGUGGAAUUAUCUGGAAUACAAAAUCUUUGGCACAGGUCUCUUAACUUCUGCAUAUCAAGUUGAAGUUUUGGCUUUCAAAAGUACAACCAAAGAGACAAAAGCAAAAGACUGGCCAGAUUUAGAAAUACAUUUCUUCACUUACUUACCUCACUUGAGUAUAGAUGGCUUCAGUUACACAGAAGAGGUAAAAGGAGACAUGGCAGAAAGAGACAAAAUACAGUAUGGCUUUAGAUGUCUCCCUUCACUCCUGCGACCAGAGAGUAGAGGCAGUGUUUCACUCAGAUCUUCUGAUCCAUUUGAUUAUCCAAUUAUUAAGGCUAAUUACCUCAGAAAGCAGCAGGAUAUAGAUCUCUUAAUUAGAGGAAUUGGCGAGUGUAAACAAAUUGUGGCAGCCCAGCCACUGAAAGACAUUGGGGCAGAACUGACAGAGAAGACAGAGGCUAAGCAGUGCAUUCAACACAAAUAUGACUCCAGUCAGUACUGGACUUGUGUUCUCAAACAAAGACCUCUGACCAUCUACCAUCCUGUAGGGACUUGUAAAAUGGGACCCAGUGGGGACCCUACAGCUGUUGUAGAUCCACAGUUAAGAGUUCAAGGUGUGUCAGGACUUCGUGUUGUAGAUGGCUCCAUCAUGCCAUGGAUUGUCUCAGGAAACACACAUGCUCCCAUUGUUCUCAUAGCUGAGAAAGCAUCAGACAUGAUCAGGGGGAGACCACCACUGACACCUAUAAUUAAUUUAUGAUCAGAGGGAGAGCACCACUGACAUAUAAUUAAUGUAUAAUUUAGAAUAAGUAAUGUUACACUGUUCAUUGUAGUUGUCUAAUUUUUUUUUUAAACUGUAAUUUUAUAUCUGGUUACAUUUUAGUACUCAUCUUGAUGAUGUAAAAUUUUACUACUCAUCAUUUCAUUUUGGUUUAUCUCGGGUAACUAUUGCCAUGCCACAUAGAAAAAACAAAAUGAACCAUUUAAUAUCACCUCAUAAUUCAAUGUUAGGUCACACUGCACUCAUCAAACAGCCUUGUGACUGCAAUAUUUUUCCAACAUAUUUGAAAUGUAGAUCUAGUGUCAAUGAUCAAACAUAGGUUGUACAUCUCUAGGUCAUACUUAUGCAGAAAAUUGCAUAAUCAAAGGUUUACAGGAAGAUGUAAUCAUCUAAUCCAAACAUCUUACUGUGGAUAAGGCAGUAAUUUUGUUGCCAUCUCUUGUAAGGUUUUUUAAAAAACUUAGCUCAAGGAACAAAAGGUAUAAUAAAACAAUACAAACAAUAUAAAACAGUAAAUAAC